AUGAUUAAUGAUGAAUUUGAUCAAGACUUGAUCAAUCCUAGCUAAUUGAAAGGAGUAAUCGAUAAGAAUAAUCAGAACAGAUCAUUUACAAAUAUCUCACCUAAAGCUCUUAGCACUUUAAAUGACAUUAACACAAAUUUAGUCAAUCAAGGUAAAAUACUUCUCAUUAAAAAAUUGAUAGAUAUGAAUAUUUCAGGAGAGGCAAAUAAAAAUGAGAAUCUAAAGCUUCAACCAAUAUUUAAAAACCCUAGAAUAUUUAGUCCUUAUUCAUAAUAUAACACUAAUCUCAACAAUAAUGGAAGCUAAUUUAAUACAAGAAGAUUGAUGAUGAAGUCACUUCAGCCAAGAUAAUUAGAAAUCCAAGAAAAUAACAAUCAAAUGUAUGAAAAUCAGAAAUAAUUACUGAAGAAACAAAAACUUGAAAAAACUUCGUCCUAAUUGAAGAAGCUGAAUAUUAUACAGAGAAAAAGAAGACUCCAUUCUUAAUACUUGAAUGAAACUUUCAACUUUUCUACAAAUAUCACUGGUGGUGUAGUGAUAUUUUCUCCUAAAGAAAUAAUAACCUAGUAAAAACCACAACUUACAACUUUAUCCAAUAAUAAUAGCUACUCUAGGACUCUAAUGAGUCAAAGGUUUUCUAAUCAAAAUAUUAUAAAUAAAAUUAACGAGAAAGUGUCUAUGACCAGAUUCUCAAACACUUUAAAUAUGAGGUCUUACGAUACCAAAUUCAAUAAUACUGAAAUAUAAGCUCAAAUGGCUUCAAAUAGAGAAUUAAAUAAAUAACCUUCUUUAAAAAGAAAAGCUACAAGUAUUAUAAUUUAAGAUGAUGGACAAAAGUAAAAAGUAGAUCCUGAGCUAGCUUAAGUCCUCAAAAUAAAAUCUCCAUAAAACAAUCAAUCAAUCUUAUCAAACUUACUAACUAAUAAUAAUGGUAAUGAAAAUAAAGAUCUGAACUUUGAACUUGAUGAUUAGUGUAUCAAAAAUAAUGCAUUUAAUGUGGUUAUUAAAAGCCCAUCAAUAUUAUCUGGAGAAAACAUUAAUCAACAGUACUAUUAAGUUUUAUCCCCAAGAGAGUACAAUAGAACUCAAUAUUAUAAAAAUGGUGAUGAAAUUAAUAGUAAUUCUAGACUGCUAAAUUAAGGGGAAAGACUUAAGAAUAGAAGAGAGAGUUAACAGAGUUAGUUAGACAAUUCAGAAUUCCAUAAAGGUAUAUUCAAGGAGUUUUAGUCGAUUAAAGAAUAUUUUCAUAAAUUUGAAGCUGUAAAGCAAAAGUUUGACGUAUAAGACAUGAAUAGCCUCAGAAAUAUCAAUUCUUUAGAAUUCUUCAUCUUACAUCGACUUUUUCCAAGAAUUUAUUCAGUUAAAAUUGAAAAUAAGCAAUUUCAAGAAAUAGACUUCAAUCCCUCAGUAAUGUCACAACUUGAAAUAUUCUUGGUAAAAUCAGAAGUUUACAUGCAUACAGAGAAAUGGGAUAAAGCCUAAUUUUUCAUGUAAUAAGGAUUAAAAGUAUGGGGAGAAGAUCAUAGUUUUGAAUUCAGUUAUAAUUAAGGAUUACUAUGUUAUCUUACUGGUGACUUUAAUAAAUCAAUCGAGAUCUACGCUAAUUUAUUCGGAAAAAUUGUUAAUAAUUAGGAUGAAAAGCAUAGAUUGAAUGGAGUGCUUUUUAACUAUAUAAUGUGCUUACUCCGAGUUGGAAGAUAUGAUUAAGUAUUAGACAUAUGCAAAUAAUGUAAAUUGAAGAAAGUUAGAAUGACACUCGACCCAGGUGAAAUUUAGAUUCAAAAACUCAUAAUGUUUGCUGAGUAACACAUAAAUAGAGGUAUAGCUAGAGAUAUAAUUAAAGAAUUGGAUUCGAUGCAAAGUUCAAGUAAACACUGUGUUUAGAGUGCAUAAACUCUAAAUGAAAUGAAGUCUGAAGACAAUUAAUUUGAAACAAAUAAAUAAGAUAAUAAUUAGGAUUAAGGACAAGAUUUUAGAAAAAUAAACUUUUAAAGAUUUCAUAAACAUAGCAGAGCUAAAUCGAAAGGAAGAUCAAGCUCCCUUAAAAAGAAUUUAAACUUUACAUAAUAAAUAGUAAAAAGUAAAACUAGGAACUAAACAAUUAAUAUAGAAAAUACAGAAGAUUAGGCAAAAUUGAACAAGUCUAAUAUAGAAUCAAAAGUCAUUAAUAAAGCAAGGUUUGAUAUUCACAAGAUAAAUGAUACAACUUCCCCAAAUUACAUAAUGUCAAUGAAAGAAAUUAUAAAUAAACUAUAAAUCAAAGGCGGUAUUGAGCAUAACAAGCACUUGCAAUACUAACUUAAGAAUUUAGAUAGUCUACUCUCAGAGAACUCAAAUGCAAAGAAAAGGCAAAAUAAAAACGGUAAGGGCAAAGACAGAGACAUAAUUGCAUUCCCUUUCUAAAAAUCUCCAAAUAUGGCCACAAAUCCUUAUAAUGAAGAAGAAGAAGAUUUAAAUAAAUUCAACUUAGCUGAUUAAUGCUUGAGAAAUCUGGAAGAGCUGGAGUUAGAUUUAGCUAUGAGCAAUGGUGCUAAUAAUAUGAAAAAGCAUGAUCCUAUUUUACAACACUACAAAACACUUUGCCAUUCAAUUUACAAUCUUUGCUAAGAGGAAGGAUUAUUCCAAAUACUUUAAUAAGCAGCAGAUGAGAGAAAAAAUAAAAAAUUGUCAAUAAAAAGAAAAGCACUUUACCCAGGAGCAAAAACAGAUGAAAUAAAGAAAUAUUCAGUUGCUAAGGAUAUUUUAGUAAGUUCAUUGUUAAAAAAGAAAAAAGGAUAUAUCUCACUAAGUGCUUAAAACAACCAAUAAUUAGUCGAAAUAGAAGUAUUAUAAAGUAAGGUCCUUUAAUUAAAAGAAGUUCUUAAAGAGGAAAUAGAUGAUAUACUAGGCAAGAAUAAGUCAAUGGAGUAUAUAGAUUAAGCAGCAAAUGAAAUUAAUAAAAUGCUAGCUAUUGCUAGGAAAAAGCAAAAGGAGAGAGAAAAGUAUCAAAGUUAGGAUUUUGAUGAUAACCUAACUCCCAUCAAGGUACCAGGCUAACUCGAGAUUAUUAAAGAGCCGACUUUAGAAGAAUUAUUAAAAACUAAGACCCUUUAAUAUAUUCUUAAAAAGUAAAAAUAUCAAGAAGAGAUAGCUAGAAGGUUUAAAGUAGACAGACAAAAAUACAUGCUAUCACUAGUAAAAUCUCACUCAAAUAAUUAGGAGGAAAGAGAAACUACAAGUUCUGCUUAAACUAUGAUGCGAAACUAUACCUAAACAUAGAGAGGUGAGAUUGAUGCUUUUGUUUCUAAAUCUACCAAUUUUCUUGAACAUCUCUUUGAUAACUACGGAGCAUAUUUUAUUGCGUAGAAGACAUACUGUAUGAGUGAAUUUCUAGAGUUAGCUCCUCUUGAAAUGAAGCAAUACUUUGAUAAUGUAUCAUCUGUUUUAAGCACCAUUCCAAUGAGAUUUGAUAUACUAACUGACUCGAACAUUGAUGACAGCCACUAUUAAAGCCUUGAAAAUUCUGAAUUCAUUUAUAAUAGGUACGAUCUAAUCUAUAGAUUUGUUUCUUAAAGUUUAAGACAGCAAAGAUAUGUGGACUAUCUAGGUCUAGAAAAGCACGAUUGGAUUAUUGAAGUUAUUUAGAAAUUUAACAUGAUUACGAUAUUGAAUUUUAUAAUGAGAGAGUCUCUUGGCCUCUACUAAUAGAAGCCCAAGAUAAAUCAAAAACAAAAUUAGGAUGGUAUGUAAACGAUAGAGUCAUAAACAUUUAACAAGGUUACAUUUAAAUCAGUUUUUAAUGACUAAAGUCUUUAAAUUUUGAGGGAGUAGUUUGCUAAGCUAAAACAUCAAAAUUAUAUAAACUUAGAAUUAGUAGAUAAAUUUUUGGGCACUAAAAUAGAGUUCUUUUCGUAAUUUAUAAAAAUCAUUAGGACUUAGCUUUAUAUUCUUUGUAGCUAUAAAACAAUUAAGAAUCAAACAGAGGUUGAAUUUAACUAAUUGUCUCAUGAACAAAUAAUAGUUCUCCUUAAUGGAGUCUUGAUAGUUUAAAUUAAGAGAACUGAUGAAUCUUAGUGGGAAAACUAUUAAUACCUGAACCCAGGAACUACAAUUCCAAUUUAAUUCUUAUACUACAUGAGACUAAAGAAUUCAGGAAUAAGGCUAUUCAUUGAAAAAUCUUUGAGACUUUCCUAAGACUAAGAAGAUAUAGAAUAUUUGGAGAUUAAUAAACAAUAACUAAGCUAGGUAGUUUUUGGAUCAAUCAAAAACACAUUAAUUAAGAAGAUUCAACUAAUGCAAAACGUUGAUCUACUUGGAGGAGUAACUGGUCAAGUAGAAAAAAAUGAACUUGUCAGUCCAUAUUCAAUAUUUGUUCUAGCAUCUGUUUGCAAAGUUUAGAUCUUCAAAUUCUCAGAGGUCAUAUGUAGAUAAAAUGAAUUACCGAAGGGUAUGUAUAUAUUCUUAGAAGGUUAAGGUAAAGCUGUAUUUGAAGAUAUGCUUUAAAGAAAAGGUGAUGUGUCAUAAUUCUUUAGAAAAUCGAUGAGAUCAAAUAUUCCUCAGACAUUAAGAUUUGGGAAUUAAGAUUUUAGACAGAAAAAUGAGCAAGAUAAAAAUUUAAAGAUAUCUCCUAUUGAAGAUCCUUUAUCAAACAAUUAGAGGCAUGAAAAUUAAAAUUUUGUAAAUCAAGAUAAUCUGAAUUUAAGCAACAAUAAUCAAAGCUAAUAUCUUACUCCUGAUUAUUCGAUGAAAUUUAGUCCAAUAAAACAAGAUUAUCUAAAUGUCAGACAUAAAUCACCUGCCACUGGAAAGGACUUUAGCAUUACAUUUUAAAAUUUAGUUCUGAAUGAGAAAUGGACUGAACAUCAAAAGACUAAUCAAAUCUCUUACAAACAUCAUAUCGUAUUUGAAAAAUUAUAAGAAGGCUCAUACUUUGGCUCAAGAAUAGUUUUAGACGAAGCAGUUGCUAAAAACUUCAUUAAAAAUAACUAAAGCUAGCUUAGGAAAUGGUGCUAAUUGCCAAAUCAAAGGUAAAUGCAAGCUGCAACUUCAAGAAGGUCUUAUGAUAACUUUGACGAAGGGGAAGCAAAUGAGUCAAAGAUUGAUUAGUUCAGUGAUGAUAGUGGAAUAUUUUCCUCUAAAAUGUAUCAAUCAAAAGAUAUGAGACAACAGAAUUAUUAUGAAAAAUUAGAUGACAAUGACUAUAUCAUUAUGAAGAAUUAUCUAUUAAGAAGUUAGUUAACCAUUGUUGCAACAUCUAGCUUAGUAAAAAUUAUCAUAAUUUAAAGAGGUGACAAAAGCUACUUCAAUGAAACAACUAAAAAGAUUAUCGAAGAAAGAAUUUAAGAGAAAGAGUAUCUUGAUGUUGAUAGACCAAUAAAGAAACUAAAAGAUCUCGAAAAAAUCAGGGAAAAAGAGAAAGAUUGGGAUAAAUACAAGAGAAACUACGAGGAGUAGUGCAUUCAAGAUUCGUUCCACAAAAGAUUUGACAAAUAACUAUUCAAAUGA